UGGGUCUCAUGUUUUUCUCUAAGUGUGCUCUUCUCCUGACAACUUGUUUUUAAGAUGUGUAAGUGAGAGACCUCUGGACUCCACAGACUCUCUUAUCGUUCCUACUGAAACACUCAAAUCAAACACAUCAUUUCAGACCAUCUCUGCUGUCCUAAAGUCAAGUUCCAAAUCUCUCAGAGAUAAACUUUGUGUGGCUGCUAUACUAGGUCCAUUUAUUGGUGGUUUAAAGAGAUGCUUUGUAAAAUAUCAGUGCGUCUAAAAAUCUGUUUGUCUGACACUCUUCUUCCUGAUAAGUGAAUGUUUUUAACCCCACCCACACUUCACUUCCUCAUUUGUCUCUCCUCCCCUUUUACAGAUCUCCCACUUUGAGGAUAGGUGUAAACACUCUGUGAUGAACUGGAACAGCUGUGAGCACAGACACUGCAGAUCAGUGAACAGGCAGAGAGACUGUGACCCCGGCAUUUAUCAGGAAUAGGAAGAGAAACUUUUAAACAUUCAUCGUCUGUUGCAGAGGGAGAAAUGGCGCAGCAAGGAAUUCAGUUUGACCGAGAAAACCGGAGUUGUUCAGUCUGUCUGGAUCUUUUAAAGGAUCCGGUGACUAUUCCCUGUGGACACAGUUACUGUAUGAGCUGUAUCAGCGACUGCUGGGAUGAGGAGAAAGACAAGGAUACUUAUAGCUGUCCUCAGUGCAGAAAGACUUUCACUCAGAGGCCUGUCCUGGUGAAAAACACCAUCUUAGCAGAACUUGUGGAAGAAGUGAAGAAGGUGAAGCCUCAAGCUGCUUCACCUGAUCUUCCUUAUGCUGGACCUGAAGACAUGGCCUGUGAUUACUGCUCUGGUAAGAGGCUGAAAGCCCUCAAGUCCUGUCUGGUGUGUAUGGCCUCUUACUGUGAGCAGCACCUCCAGCCUCACUACAGUGUAGCUCUGUUGAAGAAACACAAGCUGGUUGAAGCCACUUUCAAGCUUCAGGAGAACAUCUGCUCUCAUCAUGAGGAGGUGAUGAAGAUUUACUGCCGCACUGAUCACAAGUGUAUCUGUUCCCUCUGCUCUGUGGAUGAACACAAAGGUCAUGACAUGGUCUCUGCUGCUGCAGAAACAGCCGAGAAGCAGAAAGAGCUCAAGGUGAGUCAGCAGAAAAUCCAACAGAGAGUCCAGGACAGAAAGAGAGACAUCAAGGUGCUCCAGCAGAGGGUGGAGGCCUUCAACCUGUCUGCUGAUGAAGCUGUGAAAGACAGUGAGAAGACCCUCACCGAGCUGAUCAGUCUGAUUGAGAAAAUUUGCUCUGAAGUGACUCAGCAGAUCAGAUCCCAGCAGAAAACUCAAGUGACUGAAGCCACAGAGCUGGAGGAGAAGCUGCAGCAGGAGAUCACUGAUCUGAGGAGGAAAGACGCUGAGCUGGAGAAGCUCUCACAAACUGAAGAUCACCUCCAUUUCUUAAACAACUAUCCCUCACUGUCAGGUCUGAAUGAAUCUACAGGUCCUCCCAGCAUUAGUGUCUGUCCUCUGAGCUCUUUUAAGGAUGUGACAGCAGCUGUUUCAAAGUUGAGAGACAAACUUCAGGCUGUUCUGAGUGAGGACUGGGCGAAGAUCUCAUCAGCAGUGACCAAGGUGGAAGUUUUACCUCCAGAACCAGAGCCAACAACCAGAGCUGACUUUAUGAGAUACUCUCGUCCAAUCACACUGGAUCCAAAUACAGCACACUCACGUUUAUCACUGAGUGACGGGAACAGAAAGACAACAUUAGUGGAAAAAGAGCAGUCAUAUCCAGAUCACCCAGACAGGUUUGUUCAAUGGUGGCAGGUCCUGAGUAAAGAUGGUCUGACUGGACGCUGUUACUGGGAGGUGAAGUGGAGUGGAUAUGUUUAUAUAGCAGUUGCAUACAAGAAGAUCAGCACAAUUGGGACCAGAGAUGAAUGUGAAUUUGGGCACAAUGAAAAAUCUUGGUCAUUAGAAAGUCGCAGCAGUGGACACAGAUUCAGACAUAACAAAACAGUAACCCUCCUCUCAGGCCCUCCGUCCUCUACAAUAGGAGUUUACCUGGAUCAUCAGGCUGGUACUCUGUCCUACUACAGGGUCUCUGACACCAUGACUCUCCUCCACAGAGUCCAGACCACCUUCACUCAGCCCCUCUAUCCUGGAUUCUGGCUUCCUGGCUUUUCUGGAGACACUGCUGAGAUAUGUGAGCUCAAGUAGACAUGAGGGUACAGACUGAUUCAUCUGUAAAGAUUUACAGGAGGUGUUCCUGCACUGUUAAAAUUAGGCAAAGUGGGUUUAAUUUCUGUAAGAUUUAAAGUUUAAAGUGCUUUUACAUGGAGAAUUCAUCUUGAUUGGUGGAAUCAUGUUUGCUUGUUGUUUGAAUCUAUUGUUAAAAAGUGUCUUGAAUCAAAGUAUGAUAUUUGCACUAUGUUUGAUUAUGAGUCUUUUUACGUUUAAGUUUGUUGAGAUCAAAAAUUUUACCAUCUGCUUAAAAAGUUCAAACCUAAGUCAAAAAAUGGAACACAAUUUCUCAAACGUAUUUAUCUGUGGUCUUGUAUCUACAUUUAAGGUGUCGGUUUAGGGACUGGAAGGCUUAAAGUCAUUUGAACUGAGAUGUCUUUUUUAGAAGCAGAUGGUGUUUUGAUUUGAAAGUCCAAUUGAAAAAUAAAAUGAAAAACAAAUCACCUUUUUUUUUUUAAUUCUUACAAGUAGCUUUAUAUUUCUAGUGUCAUAUAAAUUCAAUUUGUGUAUCUUCUUUUACAAGAUGUUGCAGAAACUGUGCUGGAAAAAAGUGUUUUUGUCAGUUUAUAGCUACGGUGAGGAACGUUCUCUUUGUGUCAGUUUUGGUGCCCACUGUGUAACAAAAAGUAAUCUUUGUUUAUCCUGUCUUUUACAUGCUUUAAUUCUGACAAAAAUAUCUCAUCCUGCUGCUUUUCAACAGUCAAACAUGGAUGUCAUUAAAGGCACCAAUAUAUAUUUGAGUGUAUUUCAUGGAAGUUUAAAAACUCCUCAUAGGACCUUUAACAAUACCCUCAUCAAAAACACCAACAUGAACUAAUGUUUGUAAUCAGGUCUUUACAAAAGAAAAAAAAAACAUUUGUGCACAACUUUUCAGCAGAAUGUGUUACUUUCAGAUUUAUUACACAACUUUUGAACAUUCAACAACAAUCAUGCAGGAAUAAAACAGGAAUAAUACAAAGCUUUACAGGCUUGGCCAGUCAUACUCUAGGGGUAAGUGGGCUUCUUGAAAACACUCAAAAUGUGAGGUCAUAUUUUUGUAAUCAUCACCUACAGACAACAGACCACGAGUUGAUUCAAUGCUGGAGAUGUCAGGAGAAGAAAAUGACUCUUCUGUGAGAGAAAGAAGCAAAAAUAAAACAAACAAUCGGCCUCAUGUCAGCAUCAUCAGACUCCAACCUCAACCGUUGGAGUUUUUGUGUCAGGUAAGCACAGGUGUAACAGGUAACAUUAACAGUCUGUGUCUCAGUGUCCCACAGUGUUACAAUAACCUGAAACUGAAGCAGCCGUGCUCCAUUUUAUUAUUUACACCUGUGCUUUACCUGCUGUCACAUCUCAAAAUGUCUCAUCUAAAACAACACUUUAAUAAAGAGCGAGCUGGCAGCUUUUUUUCCCAUCAGGCUUCACUUCACUCAAUGUUUAACCGUCGCCAGACUUAAAGGGAAAUCUGGGCCAAUUGUGACGGUCACACAGGAAGAGUGGACUGUGGAGCAAAUUAUGGAAACAUAAACUGAGAACAAAUGAGACAGAAGACAAAACUUAGCUCCUUGCUUGUUCUUUUUUUUCUUCGUGUUUAACGGCGGUUGGCAUCCAUCUUAUUGGUGCAUUACCGCCAUAGCUUCUUGCUUCAGCCGAUUCUCGUUUACAACUGAGCUGCGCAUGAGCAGAACAGUUAUGUUAAAGUGUCCACAGUAAUCUUACACUGCCAUCUACUGACAUGUUUAGGUAUCGCUUUGAUCCCGAAGCUGUGUAACUGCAGAAGAUUGAUUCAAUUAUUUACUUACAAAAAUAGAGUGGGUGUCUGUUUUAUUGAAAAUUUAAAAAAGCAGAUUUUUUUUAAACUACUACAAAUGCCUCAACAAACCAUUUGGAGUUCUUCACAGCUCGGCUUCAUGUGAGCGAAACCUCCAGAAAAAAUUCAUCAAAAUAUCAAAGAUGGCUACAAAAGAAUCUCAUACAAAAAGAGGACUACUUUUAAACGAUAUGGAUGAAUUGAUUUUAAGAUUUUAUUUAUUACUUUCAAAGCACUCAAAGGACUUGCUCCGAGCUACAUUUCAGAGCUUUUAAUACCUUAUGUGCCAACUCGCAGCCUCAGAUCCUCUGGCGAAGGCCUCCUGGUAGUUCCAAAGUCGAGACUCAAAACAAAAGGUGAUAGAUUUUCUCCAUCAGAGCUCCUCGACUUUGGAACGACCUGCCAGAGGAGACAAAUUAAAAAACUCACUUUUACAGACUUGCUUUUCUGUGAUGCCGUCUUUUAUCUUUUAUCUCUAUUACCUUAUUUCGACUUACUGUCCUUUUAGCCUUUGUUUUACUUAUAAUCUUUUCUUAUUUAACCUUUUAGGCCUUUUAUUGACUUUAUUGUUCUUUCCUGCUCAUUUUUGUUAUUCCAUUUUAUCAUUAAUAUUACCAUUAUUAUGAUUUUAUUAUCAUUAUUAAUAUCGUCUUUUUAUAUUUACUACUGAGAGAGCAACUCAGUGAAGAAACAUGUGUUCGUGAACAAGAAAAGACAGUCCAGUCCAGUAGAUUCAUCUGUCACAGUACAGAUCUCUGACACCAGGGGGCGGUAUUUCAGAACAAAUGGAUGAAAAGUUUUCUUUGUGGUCGAUUGAGUCUUAAUUCUGACCCCCAUCAUUUUCCUUCAAGGAGAAAUCUUCUUGGCUGAAUAUUCAGAGAUUAAAAUCCUUCCAGAGUGUGAUGGUUAAAAUACUCAAAGUGUGAACAGCCUACAAUUAACAAAAAAAGUGUUUUUAGGGAUCUCACAGCAUAUUAUAUUUAAUGACUUGUAUUUAUUAAAGCAGAAAUGUACUAGCAUGUGUAAUCUUUUCAUUUCUUAUGUGGUCCUUACAUUAAAUGAGUCUCUGAUUUGCUCCUGGUGGAAACUUUUCUCUUUCACACUUUGGUUCUUUGUGGUGAUCUUUGUUAUCUGAGGGUGGAUGUUACUUGUUGGUGCACCUUAUUUCAAAUGGGUCUCAUGUUUUUCUCUAAGUGUGCUCUUCUCCUGACAAGUUGUUUUUAAGACGUGUAAGUGAGAGACCUCUGGACUCCACAGACUCUCUUAUCGUUCCUACUGAAACACUCAAAUCAAACAUCAUUUCAGACCAUCUCUGCUGUCCUAAAGUCAAGUUCCAAAUCUCUCAGAGAUAAACUUUGUGUGGCUGCUAUACUAGGUCCAUUUAUUGGUGGUUUAAAGAGAUGCUUUGUAAAAUAUCAGUGCGUCUAAAAAUCUCUGUUUGUCUGACACUCUUCUUCCUGAUAAGUGAAUGUUUUUAACCCCACCCACACUUUACUUCCUCAUUUGUCUCUCCUCCCCUUUUACAGAUCUCCCACUUUGAGGAUGGGUGUAAACACUCUGUGAUGAACUGGAACAGCUGUGAGCACAGACACUGCAGAUCAGUGAACAGGCAGAGAGACUGUGACCCCGGCAUUUAUCAGGAACAGAAAGAGAAACUUUUAAACAUUCACCAUCUGUUGCAGAGGGAGAAAUGGCGCAGCAAGGAAUUCAGCUUAACAGAGACAAAUGGAGUUGUUCAGUCUGUCUGGAUCUUUUAAAGGAUCCGGUGACUAUUCCCUGUGGACACAGUUACUGUAUGAGCUGUAUCAGCGACUGCUGGGAUGAAGAGAAAGACAAGGAUACUUAUAGCUGUCCUCAGUGCAGACAGACUUUCACUCCAAGGCCUGUCCUGGUGAAAAGUACCAUGUUAGCAGAACUUGUGGAAGAAGUGAAGAAGUUGGAGCCUCAAGCUGCUUCACCUGAUCUUCCUUAUGCUGGACCUGAAGACGUGGCCUGUGAUUACUGCUCUGGUAAGAGGCUGAAAGCCCUCAAGUCCUGUCUGGUGUGUAUGGCCUCUUACUGUGAGCAGCACCUCCAGCCUCACUACAGUGUAGCUCUGUUGAAGAAACACAAGCUGGUUGAAGCCACUUUCAAGCUUCAGGAGAACAUCUGCUCUCAUCAUGAGGAGGUGAUGAAGAUUUACUGCCGCACUGAUCACAAGUGUAUCUGUUACCUCUGCUCUGUGGAUGAACACAAAGGUCAUGACAUUGUCUCUACUGCUGCAGAAAGAGCCGAGAAACAGAAAGAGCUCAAGGUGAGUCAGCAGAAAAUCCAACAGAGAGUCCAGGACAGAGAGAGAGAGACGUCAAGGUGCUCCAGCAGAGGGUGGAGGCCUUCGACCUGUCUGCUGAUGAAGCUGUGAUAGACAGUGAGAAGACCCUCACCGAGCUGAUCAGUCUGAUUGAGAAAAUACGCUCUGAAGUGACUCAGCAGAUCAGAUCCCAGCAGAAAACUCAAGUGACUGAAGCCACAGAGCUGGAGGAGAAGCUGCAGCAGGAGAUCACUGAUCUGAGGAGGAAAGAGGCUCAGCUGGAGAAGCUCUCACAAACUGAAGAUCACCUCCAUUUCUUAAACAACUAUCCCUCACUGUCAGGUCUGAAUGAAUCUACAGGUCCUCUCAGCAUUAGUGUCUGUCCUCUGAGCUCUUUUAAGGAUGUGACAGCAGCUGUUUCAAAGUUGAGAGACAAACUUCAGGCUGUUCUGAGUGAGGACUGGGUGAAGAUCUCAUCAGCAGUGACCAAGGUGGAAGUUUUACCGCCACAACCAGAGCCAACAACCAGAGCUGACUUUAUGAGAUACUCUCGUUCAAUCACACUGGAUCCAAAUACAGCACAAAAACAAUUACUCUUGAGUGACAGUAACAAAAAAGCCACACAAUUGCUUGUAGAUCAGUUAUACCCAAGCCACCCAGACAGGUUUAUUCUAUGGCGGCAGGUCCUGAGUAAAGAUGGUCUGACUGGACGCUGUUACUGGGAGGUGAAGUGGAGUGGAUACAUUAUAAUGGCAGUUGCAUACAAGGAGAUCAGCCGAACAGGGACCAGAGAUGAAUGUGGAUUUGGUUUCAAUGAAAAAUCUUGGUCAUUAGAAUGUCGCAGCAGUGGACACAUAUUCAGACAUAACAACAUAGAAACGGCCGUCUCAGGCCCUCCGUCCUCUACAAUAGGAGUUUACCUGGAUCAUCAGGCUGGUACUCUGUCCUACUACAGGGUCUCUGACACCAUGACUCUCCUCCACAGAGUCCAGACCACCUUUACUCUCCCCCUCUAUUCUGGAUUCUGGCUUCCAGACCCUUCUGGAAGCACUGCUGAGAUAUGUGAGCUCAAGUAGACAUGAGGGUACAGACUGAUUCAUCUGUAAAGAUUUACAGGAGGUGUUCCUGCACUGUUAAAAUUAGGCAAAGUGGGUUUAAGUUCUAUAAGAUGUAAAGUUUAAAAUGCUUUUGUAUGGGGAAUUAAUCAGGUGGAAUCAUGUUUGCUUGUUUGAACCUUUUGUUUAAAAAGUGUCUUGAAUCAAAGUAUGAUAUUUGCACUAUGUUUGAUAAUGAGUCUUUUUACAUGUUUGUUUGUUUAGAUCAGAGAUUUUAACAUCUGCUUAAAAAGUUCAAACCUAAGUAAAAAAAAUUCAAGUGUAAUCUUUUCAUAACUUCAACAUGAUGAUUUGUAUGACCCUAUUAUUUAUUAUAUACAUUCUCUCUUUCUCCAUAACAUUAUUUCUCAAACUUAUUUUUCUGUGGUGUUGUAGCUACAUUUAAUGUGUCGGCUUAGAGACUGGAGGUCUCAAAGUCAUUGGGACUAAGAUGUCUUCUUUAAUUAACAUUAACAUUAAUUUAAUUAACAGUUAAAUAAGAAACAAAUCACUUUUUAUGAGAGGUUUUAUCUGUUUGGUGUAAUAAAAUGUACCUUCCUGUGUGAAAUAAAGAACUUUAUUCUGCACUUACUGUGCUGCAACAAAAAUGUUUGUGUUUGUUUGUUCAGAGCUCCUGUGAGGAAAUGUCUCUGUGUGUCAGUUUUGGUGCCCCCCUGUGGACUAAGCAGUCCGUGUUUAUCCUGUCUUUAACAUGCUUUACUUCUGACAUAAAUAUUUCAUCCUGCUGCUUUUUAAAGAUCAAAUAUAGAUGUCAUUAAAGGCACUAAUAUACAUUUCAGUGUAUUUUAUGAGGGUUUUAAAAAAAAACUCCACAUAGGAGUUUUGUAAUACCCUGAUCAAAAACAACAUGAACUAAUGUUUGCAUUCACAUCUAAACAAAUAAAAAUUUUGUGCACAACAUUUCAGCAGAAUGUGUUACUUUCAGAUUUAUUACACAACUUUUGAACAUUCAACAACAAUCAUGCAGGAAUAAAACAGGAAUAAUACAAAGCUUUACAGGCUUGGCCAGUCAUACUCUAGGGGUAAGUGGGCUUCUUGAAAACACUCAAAAUGUGAGGUCAUAUUUUUGUAAUCAUCACCUACAGACAACAGACCACGUGUUGAUUCAAUGCUGGAGAUGUCAGGAGAAGAAAAUGACUCUUCUGUGAGAGAAAGAAGCAAAAAUGAAACAAUCAAACAAUCGGCCUCAUGUCAGCAUCAUCAGACUCCAACCUCAAACGUUGGAGUUUUUGUGUCAGGUAAGCACAGGUGUAACAGGUAACAUUAACAGUCUGUGUCUCAGUGUCCAACAGUGUUACAAUAACCUGAAGCUGAAGCAGCCGUGCUCCAUUUUAUUAUUUACACCUGUGCUUUACCUGCUGUCACAUCUCAAAAUGUCUCAUCUGAAACAACACUUUAAUAAAGAGCGAGCUGGCGGCUUUUUUCCCAUCAGGCUUUACUUCGGGAAAUGCCUCAACAAACCAUUUGGAGUGCGUCACAACUCAGCCUCAUGUGAGCUUAAGCAAAAUAUCAAAGAUGGCUACAGAAGAAUCUUAUACAAAAAGAGGACUACUUUUAAAUGAUAUAGAUGAAUAUAAAUAUGACGAAAAUCAAUUAAAUAAGGUUACAGCAUCCAUGUACGUUUUACAAUUCAUUCAAGAAAAACUGACAUUUUAAUCCCUUUUAAUCCCAGUUGGAUUUUUCUUCCCCUUCUACAAACAAUCAUUUCAUCUUUCAGGGGAUAGUGGUCUCCAAGUGCUCUCUCGUCAAAGUUAGAGACGACGUUGAAAAACUCAAUAAAUGUGGGUACAGUUAGAUAACAUCAUGUUCUUUGGUAAAGGAGGGUGACAGCUUUGUUUGUCUGUGACAUUUCAGUGAGCUCUGUUAACACCACACACAUCAACACAACAAGAGGCUGAAGGCUUGUAUAAAAAUACAACCAUGAUAAAAAGUGAUAGUAUCAAAGAUUUCACAGUCAUAUACACACAACUGAUUGUUGCACCAAAAUGAACUACGGUAGUUUAAAGUUUUCCUCGUGAGAGAGCAACUCAGUGAAGCUUUGCUGUUUCUUUCCUCUGAAAUGUCAGAGUUCGCUCGGUAAAAAUGACAUUUUAGACUCAAGCUUUGAAUGAGUUAUAGAAACCUGAGUUUAAUAUUGUGACACAUGGUUAUAUAGCCAAUCAAACAACUGAUCUGCAGUUUUUAAAGAGCUAAAGCUUGUCGGAAAUAAACAAGUUGUUCACACUAUGUUCGCUCUUAUUCAUUUUUUAAGCAUAUUUUAACGAAAUUAUGAUACAUUUAAGAAAAAUCUGCCCCCCUCUGAUAGUCAGAGUGAAGACUUCUAGGCAGUGGAAAUACACUGAAAAUCAACAGAAACACAAAGACAGACAUAUUGAAAGUCUGAAUUCAUUAAAUAAGGACGUGGGAAUAAAUUGGUUCAAGCAAUAAAUAUCAGUCUGCUCAUAUUCAUGUAGAAAUCGUAACAUUAAAGAAAAAUGUUUUUGAUCGUAAUAAAAAAUUCACUUUAACAAGAAAAGCGAUACUUUGUCCGCAUCAGUCGUGGUGAAGAAAGAGCUGAGCCAUAAGGCGAAAUUCUCGAUUUACCGGACGAUCUACGUACCGAUCCUCACCUAUGGCCAUGAACUUUGGGUAAUGACCGAAAGAACAAGAUUGAGGAUACAAGAAGUGGCCAAAAUGGGUUUCCUUCGCAGGGUGGCCGGGCUCAGCCUUAGAGAUAGGGUAAGGAGCUUGGACCGCUGCUCCUCCACGUCGAGAGGAGUCAGCUGAGGUGGCUCAGGCAUCUGGCUAGGAUGCCUUCUGGACGCCUCCCGUUAGAGGUGUUCCGGACAUGUCACACUGGGAGGAGACCUUGUGGCCGAACCAGGACCAGGUGGAGGGAUUAUAUCUCUUGCCUGGCCUGGGAGCGCCUGGGAAUCCCCCCGGAGGAGCCGGUGGAAGUGGCUGAGGUGAGGGCCGUCUGGGCUUCCCUCCUGAAGCUGCUGCCCCCGCGACCCGGACCUGGAUAAGCGGAAGAAAACGACGACGGCAGUACUUUGUCCUCUCUGUAGUUUGUGAAUUACACAGUCACAAUUGCAAAAAAGUGGCCCGAUGUCUUUUUAUGGUACUGUCCAAGCUAAAUAUGACAGUAACCACAAAAUCGGCCUCUUUCAGAAAGAUGCAAAAAUUGAUUUUUGGACGAUAGGAUAUAAAAGAUAACAGGAUGACCGGGUGUAAUUUAACUUUUACUGUGAACUGAACAAAAUGUGGCGCAAUAAGGAUUAAAAUAAAAAAAAAUCAGAUAUCAAAGUGAAUAUCCUGAACCCUGCUUAGCUAGAUUUGCCUUUUUUAAGAUUUCCAUGAAAAUCUCCCUCAUUCAAAUUGUAAUCUACAUUUUUAAAGAAAAAAGUUUAGUGAACUUUUAAGUUGCUUUCUGCUCAAAGACUAAUGAGGAGAAAGAGACUGGUUUGAUGUGUGCACUGGGACACCAUCAGCGAGUAGCUCAGCUUAAGUUUAGUCCAGAAAAGUUCAUUUGGUCGGACUGUGUAAUAUGUUGAUACUUUUUAUAUCUAGACACGCCAAUCUUAGUUACUGGUUCAUCCAAAGUGCCGGACAGGAAGAGUAACGUCAUUUAUGAGACACUCAGCCUUUCCUGCAAUAACACAUACAUCAAUAGAAAGGAGUGUGAGAAAGAAACGCCAUCAUGGACCACAGAAAGAGAGAAAAUCACUUAUUAGACGGGGUUACCAAUAAAGAUACGAAUGCUGGAUUAGGGAGGCAGAUCAAGAAGCAAGCCCAGAGCACAGGUAGACAUGCUGUCCUGAGACUGUCGGACAACAGGGUCAAAGUGAAAAAGAAACACAGUUGUCUAGAUAUAAGAAAUAUUAACAUAUGACUUAAAUAUAAAUAUGGAGAGUUUUCCUGAUACAACACACAAAAAGAGUUUAAAGAAAUACUGAAGAGCAGAGGCAACCAUAACCUACGCUACUGGAAUUCCAGUAUGUUUGAAAGAAGCAGGAGCUGAACUGAGUUGCUGACGACGUUGAUGUACUUUUUUAAGGAGUACCUUAAGGAAAAUAUACCAGUUCAGACGUGGAUAACAGUGUUAUUAGUCACAACAAUCUGCAAGUUGACUCAGUCACUUUGAUGACAUUUGCAUGCAAAUAACGUAGACAUAUUGCAAGGGGACAUUCAGAGAGUUUAGUGUUGGUUCUUGAGCUGAGUGGGAAAAUUCAGGUUCAUUGGAUUUCAGUUUUUUUAGCUGCUGUGUGCCUGGAGGAUGAUCUGUACAUCUGUCUUUAAAGUGCCACUGAGCAAGGCACUAGACUCCUGCCCCCCCAGUCCUUAAAUUAAAAGUUUUAAAAGUCAGAUGUCUCUUAUUUUACACACGUGACAUUUAAAAAGGUGCUACAAUUAGCCUUUUUUGUAUUAUUAUUUCCAACAGGUGUUCCUUCUUGUCCCUCUUCUUCCUCUUCUCUUGCUUUGGACGUGUUUGUUUUGAGAGCAAAAAUUGUUCAGCAACAUUGGCUUGUAUGAAAUUCAAGUAGAGUUUGUUCUUGUUUAAUGCUGUCGAGAAGAUUUCACAAUCUUGGCUAACAAUCGCCUUGCGACGGUCUCUUCCAUUUACAGUAAUUUAAAAAAAAAAAGGAUGUGUCAAUCAUUCAACGGCGUUCAAAUGCUACAUUAAGUACACUGAAAAUCAAUGGUGUCAUGAACAAACACUACCAUUGUUAGUAGGAGAAAGGCUCCUUCCUUUAUAAACAUCUGGUAUUGUUUUUUUUCUUGGUAUGCAGACACAGAAAAGUGAAAUUAAAGGGAUAUUCCGGCGUGAAUUAAGUUAGGGUCAAACACACCGUAACACAGAGUAAGACACCCCCUCGAGACAUGAGUGUUGCUGACUGCUUGCUUCUCUAGUUAUACCAACAACCAAAGUUAUACCUAACUUCAUCAACAGUACAUAUAGGGUCCCAGCCAUAGUACUAGCCACCAAACAUCUUUUUAGUUUUUCCUGGUUUCUUUAGCAAAGAGACUAAACACAACUCACCCACUCUCCUCCAGCAGCCGCUUGUUUGUUGGGUAGCCCUGACUAGUCGAUCACAGAGUGAAGCAGAUCAUUUCCAUGAAUUAAUAAUCAUCAUAAUAAUCAUUUUGCACUGCAGACGCGGUAGUUCUGCCUUGGCGUCUUGGUUUGAUUGCAUUUCCAUGAAGUAAUAAUCAUAAAUGUUCUUCCUUGAGCUGCGAAACUCCGCUGCACUCUGUGAUCGUCUCUUCAGGACUCCUCCCAUAAACAAGCUUUUUGUUUGAGGUUUGCGCACAUAGACGUAGACUGCUAUGUAUUGCUAUCAUGCGGUCGUUACUUGAGUUGGUAUAACUAGAGAAGCAAGCAGGUGUCUAACUAGUGUUACGGCGUGUUUGACUCUAACUUAAUUUUUCGCCGGAAUAUCCCUUUAAAAUCUUGACUCACUUUAGAUCUCCAGCUGCUGCACUGAAAACUAACAGUAUUAUAUCAGGUGGCAGGCACACAGAUGACACCAACACGAAUAAUAAAAAACCCCCUUCUCAUUGUCUCGUAGCUGACUGGGCAAAAUAACAAUCGCCCCCAGAGUCUGGCAGGAAACCUGUACACAUGCCUCUCUUAUCGGAGGACCAGUAAAAACAGAGGGUCUCAUUCAUGAAACGUUCGUAAAUUUAUGUGUAGAUUUUCGCAGAACAGUCACCGGUACAAUAAAAGUAAGUGAGUAAGUUCACGACUGCAAAUCAGUCCUAGAGUAACCACAAACUCCCACUAAUCAGCAUAAAUCUCCAAACCACGAAUAGCUGAUGAACAUCAUAUAAAGAGGUGUGGACGUCUUUCCUGUGAAACGACAGGAGAGGGAAGAGAGAGGAGGAAGAAAAAGAAACUUUCAGAUGUGGAAACAGUAUUUCAUUUGAAGUGGAAUAAAAAAAAAAAAAGACAGGUCAUUGUCUCUUGUGAGUGGUGGUGGGACACUUGCCUUCAGAUCACUGUUGAAGUUCUCUAUCAGAGUCUGGGUGUCAUUAAAGGCAGCUCCUGCUGUGUGUGGUGGGUCAGCGGAGUCAAAAGCCUUGGCUUCAGUGGGUAACCCUGUCUCCUAUGGACAGGUUAGACUUCUAGUUAAAACACAAGAAUGGAUCCCCAAGGUAAAGAAAAAUCAUUACUAGACCACAGAGCCACAGUGCUGACUAAUUAAAAUCUUGAUAAUCACUGAACAUGUUUGAAACACACACUCAUCUGAAGAUUAGAUCUGCUUAUUGAUUGUGUUUUAUGUGUUUUUUAAAGAUCUAUUAUGAGCAUAACAGAUCAAAACAUGAAUAAAAAAUGAUUUCUAAUAAUAAACAAUAUUUCUGUGAAUUCUUCACUUACACACACUACACUCGUGGUCAGAGGCAGGUGUAGAUUUUGUAAUAGCAAUGAACAAAUCAGAACGACUGAAACACUGAUGAAUGUUGGUUUGCUGUAAAUUUCGUUCAGCUCACAUUGAACACAUAAAUCCGUUCUGCUCACGUUUCAUGAAUGAGACCCUGAGCAUUUACUCGUUCGCUGUCUUCUCUUUGCAGGAGGGUUCACAGAGGGCUUCUUUGUGUGGUAUUGGAUAGGGAAAAGCUGCACCGCUGCAGGUGCUAUUAUAAGCCAGUUUGUUGAGGCGAGAGAGACCCUUGAUGCUGCCAGGAGGCCGCCCGGGGCUCACCUUGUACCCCGCCGCUCUGGUUGUACCCAGCGGCCUUCCCGGGCUUGUCUUAAACCCGGCAGCUUUGGUAGUGCCGAGUGGCCUCCCUGUGCUGGUUCUGUAUCCAGCUAGCUUGGUGGUUCCCAAAGGUCGCCCGCGUCUGCCCGUCUUCCCGACAGCCUUGUUCUUUUUCUUGCCGUCAUCCAGCGCUUGAUUGGUGCUUUUAAUGCCGGGUAUUUUUCCAGGUGAGCGAGCAUCGCCCACAAACACUUCUUG